AUGUCGAGAUUAAUUGACAGAGAAGAGAACAAGAGGAAACGGCCUAUGAAGGUCAUUGUCGCGGGACUAUGCAGGACAGGAACGAUGUCAAUGAACAUCGCUCUUCGCCAGCUGGGCUUUACAACCUGCCAUUUGACUGAGCAAAUGGAUGAUCCCAAGCGAUAUUUCACACUCUGGACUGAAGCAAUGAACUGCAAUUUCUUCAACAAAGGCCGUCCCUAUGGUCGUGACGAAUUUGACCGUCUCUUGGGCGAAUACGAUGCCUGCCUCGACAUGCCCUGUUGCCUCUUCUGGAACGAGUUACACCAGGCUUACCCGGACGCCAAAAUCAUUCUCACCAACCGCAGCGUCGAUUCCUGGAUGAAUUCGAUGCAUAAAACGAUUUUCCCGUAUAUCCAGCGCUGGCACACCCAGGCCUUGAAGCUCCUUGAUUCUGAUAUGACCCGCCCGGUCGUGGUUAUGAUGGAGACGUCUUUCAAGGUACUUUGCAACAACGACUAUGGAGAACGAUGCCGACAGGCCUACAUAGAUCACUAUGAGAAGGUCAGGAGUACUAUUCCCAAAGAUCAACUUCUUGAUUUUAAUUUUGGCGAUGGGUGGGAGCCGCUUUGUGAAUUUCUGGGAGUUCCUGUCCCGGAUGGUUCGUUUCCCAAAACAAAUUCCGCCGAUAUGUUUAACGCCAACGUGGAGGCAGAAUUUUGGAAUACUGUAUGGGGGUCGGCAAAGUCAGUUGGCACCUAUGUGAUACCCGCUGCUGCAAUUUCCGCCGGAGUUUGGUUAUGGGCUGCUUGA